CUUUUAUAGUUAAAAAGAGUUUCAACUGUCUAUCACUUAUUUCUCUUGCUAGACACCGGCAUGACCGACUACUUAAAAUACUUAUCUGUUAAGAAUAAUGACAAGAUCGUUGGCGAUUCUGAAGCUCUUCUAGAGUGGAAUAAACGAAAAUGGGUUUGGAUUACUGAUCCAGACUCGAAAAAUAUAUUUUUAAAAGCUAAUAUUAUCGAUGAUAAAGGAGAUGAUUGUGAAGUGCAGAUUUAUGAGACGAAUGCAAAGAAAACUGUUAAUAAAAAUGAUAUUUUUAAGAUGAAUCCACCGAAGUUCGACAAAGUCGAAGACAUGGCGGAUUUAGCUUAUCUAAAUGAGCCUGCUGUGCUUGAAAAUUUGAGGCAGCGCUACUACUCCGAUCUCAUCUAUACUUAUUCUGGACUGUUUUGUGUUGUAGUAAACCCCUACAAACAACUUCCAAUUUAUAGUAAAGAGGUUGUUGAUCUCUACCGCGGCCGUCGAAGAUCUGAAGUUCCACCGCAUAUUUUCAACAUCGCUGAAACCGCUUACCAGAAUAUGUUAACCGAUAGAGAAAACCAAUCUAUUUUAGUUACUGGAGAAUCCGGCGCUGGUAAAACGGAAAAUACCAAGAAGCUUAUCCAAUACAUCGCCAUUGUGGCUUCAGGCGAAUCUGCUGUGCAAGGAAAACUUGAGGAACAACUUCUUCAGUGUAAUCCCGUUCUUGAGGCUUUUGGCAAUGCGAAGACAACUAAAAACGAUAAUUCUUCUCGUUUUGGAAAGUUUAUCAAGAUUGAGUUCAGCCGUUCUGGCAAUAUUUCUGGAGGCCAUAUCGAUACUUACCUAUUGGAAAAGUCACGUGCUGUCCGUCAACAAGCUGGAGAACGAAGCUUUCAUAUAUAUUAUCAACUUUUGAAGGCUCUUCCCGAAUCAGUCAAAGAAGAGCUGCUUAUGGACACAAUUGAAGACAUUAAGUGGAUUUGUGACAAAAAGUCAUCGCAAGUGCCUUCCAUUGACGAUGUGAAAGAAUUUAGUCACACUAUUCAGGCUAUGGACGUUGUAGGCAUUAAUAAAGAGGAGCAGCACGACUGCUGGAAGAUUAUAUCCGGAAUUAUGAAAAUGUCGAGAAUUGAAUUGACGGAAAAUCGGCAAGAACAAGCCCAAAUGCCGAACGACGUCGCUGCCAACAUGCUAUGCAAGCUAUUCUCCUUGCCAAUAGUAGAGUUUACUAAGGCACUGUUGCAGCCCCGCAUGAAAGUAGGCUCCGAAUUUGUGCUGCGUGCCCAAAGGAAGGCGCAAGUGGAGUCUGCCAUUGAGGCCAUAUGCAAAGCCACCUAUGAGCGCCUAUUUUCGUGGAUUGUUGCAAAAAUUAAUGAAGCUUUGGAAACUAAAGUCGAGCGGCACUCUUUCAUUGGUAUUCUGGAUAUUGCGGGUUUCGAGAUUUUUAAGGUCAACGGUUUCGACCAGCUGUUCAUUAAUUAUACGAAUGAGAAGCUCCAACAAUUUUUCAACCACCACAUGUUUGUUGUGGAACAGGAAGAGUACUGCAAGGAGUCUAUUGAGUGGGACUUCAUUGACUUCGGGCUCGAUCUUCAGCCUACUAUUGAGUUGAUCGAAGGCGGUAAGUCAGACAAGUCUUCCGGCGUGCUGGAUUUACUCGACGACUGCUGUCGGCUUUCACGUGCCAAUGAAAAAACUUUUCUGCAUAAACUUGAGGAAGUGCAGGCGACACAUUCCAAAUAUGGCUCCCUCUCGGGUCCAAAGUCCAUUAAGAGCGAUAUGCCCAUGUUCCAGAUCCACCACUACGCUGGCACCGUCGAUUAUACAGUAGAUAAUUGGAUCGUGCGAAACCAGGACCCGCUUAACGAUAAUAUUACGUCACUAUUUGCCGUUUCGAAAUUCAAAUUUUUAGCAUCCUUGUUCCGUGACCAAUCGGUAGAGGCUCUCUCUUCCCAAAGGCGCCGGGGGAUCUUUCGAACGGUUUCUAGUAGUUAUAAAGACUCGUUGAACUCUUUAAUGAAUACGCUUAAAGAAACGUCUCCACACUUCGUUCGAUGUAUUAUCCCCAACCACGAAAAGAAACCUGGCAAUAUCUCGGUGCCUAUUGUGCUAGACCAGCUCCGUUGCAACGGUGUGCUGGAGGGAAUUCGUAUUUGCCGCCAGGGAUUUCCGAACCGCGUGCUGUUUGCAGAGUUUAGACACCGGUACGAAAUUCUCGCUCCGAAGGCGAUUCCAGAAGGGUUUAUGGAUGGACGAAAAAUUUGCGAGCUUAUGCUUCAGGAACUCCAGAAUACGUGUGACCUUAAGCAGGACAACUACCGCAUCGGGACAUCUAAAAUAUUCUUUCGUCCAACCGUAUUGGGCCAUUUGGAAGAAAUGCGAGACGAAAAGUUAUCUAAAUUUAUUAGAGCCAUUCAGGCUUAUUGUCAAGGCUAUCUAGCGCGGCGCGCCUUCCAGCGGCUGACUAACUUUGAGGUGGCGGUCAAGCGGAUUCAGGUCAAUGUUAGGAAGUACUUGCAGCUGCGAAAGUGGCCGUGGUGGUUUCUGUACAACUCCGUGCGCGUGUUAAUUCCGACAAUCCAGCAGGACGAUUUGGUUCGUAAAGUUGAUUCGCUUACUAAAGAGAAGGAGGCGCUUGCCGGAGAAAACAAUAAAUUGCAGCAAGAAAAAAAGAGUCUGGAAGACGAACGGAGCAACAUGAAAAAGCAAAUAGAUAAGCUCGAAUCGGAUAUUGGCUUUUGUAGCGAUCAACUUAGCCGCCUGACAGAAACAAAUAAGAGUCUUUUAAAGGAUUUGGAAGAUAUGGAAAAUGACACGCAGACUGCGGAGUUAGAAGCUUCUGAAGCAAACAAAAAACGCCUUUUGCUUGAACAGCAGCUCGAGGAAGUGCGAGACUCUUUAUCGUCUGCACAGUCCCAACUUUGCGUCCUCAACGCUGAGCGUGAUGGUCUCAAGGAAAGACUUGAUUCGCUAAACUCCGAGCUGGACCAGGAAAGAGAUUCCAAUCAGAGACUUACAAGAGAGAAGGGCAAGCUCGAAGCAGAGCUCAGCGAAUUGAAUUUGAACUUUGACAAGCUCGAAGAAAAAGUCAAGAAAUACGAGAAGAAUUCUGGAAAGUUAGGAGAGGCUCUAAAGGAAACCGAAGAAAAAGUGUCGGAGCUUGAAAAAGUUAGAACCAAUCUAGAAGGAGAAAAGCGAGGUCUCUCUGGCCAAUUGGCUGCUUCGGACUCACGCAUCGCCGAGUUGGAGGCCAAAAUAGCUGACUUGGAAAGUAAACUUGAGAAGGCGAAAACUGAGCUUCAGCAGAAAACUGAAGAGCUUGAAGCUAAAGAUAAUGAGAUUGCACAACUGAAGAAGCAGAAUAGAGAAUUGUCUGGCGAGAUUAACGACCUCAAAGAGCAACUCGAAGAAAAAUCUGUUGCUGUUGAGCGCUACAAAAAAGAAAUUUCUUCAUCGGCUGAAAGGAUCAAAGAAUUGGACGAAGAAAUGUUCAAGGGCGAUGAGGAAAAAUUAAAAGAACUGAAAAAUAAGUCGAUGGAGAUUGAAAACUUGAAAAAGGAAUUUGCGAACUUUAGAGAAGACGCUGAAGAGUCCGCCGCUGCCCUUCGAAAGUCAUUGCAGGAUAAAAUUAACCUAUUAGAGUCCGACCUGGACGGCCUACGAAGGCAGAAGAAAGAGGCAGAAGGCCAGGCGUCGUCGCUGAAGAGAAAUGUUAGUGAAUUGCAGGAAGAACUGGACAGAUCAGAGAAUAGCGCCAGAAAUAUGGAAAAGAAGAAUCGAGCACUGCAAGAACAACUGGACAUUGUCAAUUCUCAGCUAGCAGAGAAGCAAAAUAGCAUUCAGUCACUGGAGACUGAAAACGCCAAAGCCAAAAAGGAAAACUCUCGACUUUCCUCUGAACUGGAGAAGAAAGAACUGGAGGCUUCUAAGCUUGAGCGCGACAGCAAAACUCUCAAAGAGCAAAUUGCUGAGUUGAAUUCGAAGUACGAGGCAGAAAAUAGUGAAAAACUCAACCUGAAGGCCUCCCAGCGCCAGUACGAAGAAGAGCUUGCGUCCCUCCGGGAUGAACUACGUGAAGCAGAAGAGUCUAUUGACGAGUAUAAGAAGUCUUCGUCGAAUCUGCAGGGCCAGCUGUCUUCCUAUAAGUCAAAGUUCCACGAACUGGAAGAAACUAUUGAAGAAGCGGAACGCUCAAAGGCUAAGCUAAAGAAAGAGCUUGAUGAUCUCCAAGAAGCCUUAGAAACCGCCGAGCGAAGUAGCAAAGCCCACAAAGCUACUGCUGAACGCUACCAGCGUGAGCGGGAGGACCACGAAGCUGAGCUGACUCGGCUGUCCAACUCGGUCUCGAAGGCCACUACUCGAGCACGUCAGCUCGAGAGCGAAGUGAGCAGCCUUCGAGCCGAGUGCGAUAAGUACAAAGGCGAAGCCGAGUCCGCUGCUCACCAAACUAUGGAUGCUACUACCAAGUUGUACGAAGCUAGAAAGCUUAUUGAGGAUCUCGAGUCAGCGGAGGCCAUGUUGAAUUCAAAAGUGAAGACGCUCAACGACGAGGUCGAGUCCUUAAGAACGUCCGGCGGCGAUAUUGCGUCGUUGAAGUCGGAAGUGCAGUCGCUCAAGUGUUUGUUGUCUGAGAAGGACAGAGAGAUUGAGGAAAUGAGUGACGAGCUGUAUAAGCUCGAAGAGACCAAUAAAAUUCAGGAGGUGGAGAUUUCAAGUUUGCGUAAUAAACUCUCGCAAACGGAAAACAAUCUUGAUAGUACUUUAGAGGAGCUAAAGAACAGUUAUUUGAAGAAGCAGAGAAACAUGCAAGACGAGAUGGAUGAUUUGGAAAAAGUGAAGAACACGCUCACUAACAAGUGCUUCCAGCUUCAGUCUCAACUUGAAGAUUAUACCAAAAACUUAGAGGAACUCGAACGUACUCAUGGUCGCGCCCUCGAGGCUCAACGACGCGCUGAACAAGUUUUGAAGAAUGUCCAAAAGGAAUUGAACAGUAUCAGAACUGUAAAUCAGGAGCAGGAGGGUAAAAUAAAGGAUUUGGAAGCUAAGAACAAGACUUUAUCCCAGCAGUUGUCAAUAGCCAUGAAUGAUUUGGACUCCUCUGAAAAAUCCCGAAAGAAAGUCGAAGCAGAGUGUACCGAGCUUUCAGCUCAGCUGGAUACUAUUAAUACACAAUUAAAGAUGACUCGUGAUAAAGCCUCUCGCGCAGAACAGGAAUUACAAACUACCAAAGGAGAGCUUGAACAGCAGACAGAAGAGUUCGAAAGCGUUUUGGCUGCAAAAGCUAAACUGCAGUCCGAAGUGGAUAACAUUCGGGCCUCCACUUCUGGCCUCCAGGAAAAAGCAGAUAAUCUUGAAAAACGCUUGAGUGAAUCUGUAAAGAAGUCGAAUGAGGCUGUAGAAGCUGUUAAACAGGAAGGCGAGGAAAAGCUUCGCAAAUUAAAUACACAACUGCAGCAGUCUAACAACCAUGCAUUAUCCCUGCAAAAGGAACUGGAUGAUAGUAGGCGUCAAAUAGACGACGCUAAUAGAAAGAUUAAGAAACUCGAUCGCGUGGCACGAGAGGCUAAGAAUGAGAGCCAGGAAGUGCAGUCGCAACUUGCCGAUGCUCGCAUGCAGGCCGACCGAAUGAAGAAAAAAGCGGACAGCUUAAGAAAGCAACUUGAAGACACCGAAGGCGACAUAUCAAACCUUCGCAACCGCUUACGAUCUGCCCAAAACGAAAUCUCUGAAAAAGAAGAGGAGAUUUUACAGUUGAAUAACCAGCUUCGUUCUAAACCACGAAACAGUACAACACGUUCACGGGGAGCCCAAGACGACUACUAA